AUGCCCUUAGGGAUUGGUGAUUUGAAAGGCCUACAAACUCUCUCCAAGAUCAUAAUUGGAGGUGAAAACAGCUUUGCAAUAACCGAGCUUAAGAAUUUGCAAAAUCUCCAUGGGAAAGUUUCCAUUUGGGGGCUGGGAAAUGUGCAAAAUGAAAUGGAGGCAUGUGGUGCACACUUAUCUCCAAAGAGGCUUAGUGGGUUAGAGUUGAAUUGGGGUUAUGGCUCAUUGCAAAAAAGGUUUGAUUUUCCAGAUUGGGUUGGGGAUCCCUCGUUCCUUGGGUUGACUCAUGUAUCGAUAUAUGGCUGUGAUGAAUCUAUGUCUCUACCUAGACUUGGGCAGCGACCAUCACUUAAGGAGUUGUAUAUUGGGAAGAUGAGUAAGGUGAAAGUUGUAGGUGCAGCAGUCUUUCCAUGUCUUCAAGAGCUUCGUAUUUAUUUUUGUCCUAAUCUUGUUGAAGUCUCACUUGCAACACUACCUUUACUCAGAGUUCUGACAGUAAAAGGAUGUGGUCAUGGUGUGUUGACAAGCCUGGUUCAUGUAGCUUCAUCAGUCACCAAGUUGAACAUACACGGAAUUUUAGGGCUUACUAAUAUGUUGUGGGUAGGUGUUAUAAAGUAUCUUGGGAAAGUUGAAGAAGUAACAACUGAAAGGUGUAAUGAAAUAAGAUACUUGUGGGAAUCAGAAGCAGAGGCGAGUAAGGUUCUUGCGAAUUUAAGGACGUUGAUUGUAUAUGAAUGUUCAAAUUUGGCGAGUUUAGGAGAGAAAGAGGAGGAUAAUUGUGGUAGCAACCUAACAUCUCUUAGAUUCUUGUCGGUCUAUGGUUGUGCAAGCUUACAGCAUUGCAGUUGUCUAGAGAGCCUUGAGUUAUUGAGUAUUGAUAGUUGUGAUUCAAUUACAUCUGUGUCUUUCCCAACAGGAAGAUGGCAGAACCUCAAGUCACUUUCCAUCUACGACUGCAAGAAACUUAAAUCGAUGAAUGAAUUGAAGUACUUCAUCCAUCUGACCUCAUUUAGAAUAGACGAGUGUCCAAGUCUGGAGUCAUUUCCUGACCAUGAGUUGUCGAAUCUUGCCUCGUUAAUUUAUUUGGAAAUAAAAAAGUGUAAAAGUAUGGAUGCUUCCUUUCAUGGUGGGCUUUGGCCUCCAAAACUGUGUUCCCUUACCAUAGGAGGGUUGAAGAAGCCCAUGUCAGAGCGGGGCCCACAGAGUUUUCCAACCUCACUUUUUGACCUACAUUUAUAUGGCGGACCAUAUGAAGAUGUGACUGACCUUAGUCGAUUGUCCGGUCUUUUUCCUUAA